CCCGGGCUGAUGUCCGGUCGGAGACCGGGGCCUUCGGCGCCUGAGGUUACGGCUGGGCUCCGCAGGGAGGCAGAAAGGCAUGAGGCCCUCCCGGGCCUCGGGGGCGGACCCCCGCCUCCUGCUCUUUGUCCUCGUGUGCGGGAGCUGCGCCGAGACCCCACCCCGGCAUUCCGCAGCGUCUCUAGUGUCUGCACCAACUAAUGUUGAAAUAAAAUCUUAUAAUCUGAAUCCUGAAGUGUUUUGGGAUUACCAGAUAACAUCUCCAACUCCUACUUUCACAGUGCAGUUGAGGAAGUAUCCAUAUGAAGUGUGGAAUGAAGUCUGCACCAAUAUUUCUCAUCACAUUUGUAACAUAUUUGACCAUGUCAAAAACCCACAAGUUGCUUACUGGGCCAGAGUUAAAGCUACUAUUGGACAAAAUGAAUCUUCCUUUGUAGAAUCUGAAGCAUUUCAUAUGUAUGAAAAAGGAAAAAUAGGACCACCUACACUGAAGAUUCAAGAGAAAAAUCACAAAGUUAUCAUUGAUAUUGACCAUCCUCUAGUAAUUGUUGAAGGAGAAAAGAAAGGAACUGUAUGUGAUUAUUAUUAUGAAGAUGAUGAUGAUGAUGAUGAUGAUGAUGAUGACUAUUGUAGCACAUUAACAUACAAGGUGUAUUUGAAGAUAGAUGGAAGGAAGAUCACUGAGAAAGAAACCGAUCCUCAAUCUUGCAAUGACACUCAGUGCCAAUUAAUUGAACGAGCAACUUCAUUUAAUUCUGAGUACUGUGUUUCUGCUAAAAGAUUUUCUCUGAAAACUUCUUUCACAAUUAAAUCUGAGGGAUCAGAAGAACAGUGUAUUACAAUUUCACCUAAUACAAAAGAAGAUUCUUCUCUGCCCAUCCUAAUUACUGUUGUAUGCUUCACCCUUGUUAUAUUUGUAUUACUCAUUAUAACUUACUGGGUUUGCAAGACAAAGGUGUUUCAGAAAAGCAAUCUCAUUUUGCCCAAGUCAUUGGUCUCUGUAAUAAGAAAUUUUCCACACAACAUUUUAGAAGUGAAUAAUGAAUCAAGAUAUAUUUCUGUUCUUGAAACAUCACAUUUACCAGUUGCAGAAAAUGAGGAAAAUACUAUUAAUGAUUUGACUCCAAGUAAUAGUAAUUCUGAAGACAAUAGAGAAAAAUUAGAACACUUCCAAGAAAUAUCAAGCAUUACAGAAGAAAUGACUGUUGAAGAAAAUAUUACUGAAAAGAUUUCUGAUAGAAAUCAGAGUCCAACAGUGAAGAAGAAUUAUUUUCAUUCUAACAGUAACCAACUUGAAUCUGGCAGUCUCAUUUCAAACUUUUGCCUUCCCACAGAUGAUUCUGAGAAUAGGCGUGUAGAAUCAUGCAACUUCAAAUCUGAUCCAGAACUUCCACAAAGUGACCCUGAAAUAAAAGCUGACAUUCAAGACAGCAUUAUUCCAAAGGUUAACACAUCUUAUGGCUAUGAUAAACCUCAUGUUUUAGUAGAUAUGCUUACGGAUUCCAGUGAUAAAGAAUCUUUGAUUGGCUAUCGACCCUCAGAACCAUUCGUGGAAAUUUCAUAGCAUUCAGCUAAAACAAAGCAAAAAAGUUGACUUUUCAGACAACAUGAGUGAUACUGUGUCUGGAUUUUGAAUCAGAAUUCCUGAUUUCAGAUCCUUGCUUUGUGUGAUAUUGAGCAAACCACUUCAUGUCUCUGGACUUCUAUUUCCUCUUGUAUAGAAUAGAUUUGGGCUUGAUUUCUCAGGCCCCUUUGUAUAAUACUUUAAAUCUGUAUCAUGUUGAAGAUACGGAAGUGAGAACUAAAAUGUCUAUAAUUCAUACAGCUUAUGUGAAUUUAACUAUUUGGCAUCUUAAAUGUGAACUCAGUUCAUGGAUGAAUAUGUAUCUGUGCUUGGAUAUAGUUAACUACUGUUGGAACACAAAGAUGUGGCUUUGAGUAUUGGGUACUCAUUAUGGGUAAUCAUUAAAGCUAAUACAAGUUUUGUUUUUUUUUAACUGAAUAAAAUAAUUCAUUUAACUUACUUGGAUCUUUUACCUUUCUCUUUACCAUAUACUCCUCAAAAAAAAAAAAAAGGAUGUAGUUACAUUAUGAGUGCUAUGUGAGACUAAGAACAAUCAAAAGUAACCAAGAUGGCAGAAGUCAACUCGGGAUUUUGGAUGAUUUUAAAAAAACAAAAAGUGGUGUGUAAAAUUAUGUGGGUAAUCAAUUGUAGCUUAUUAACAAGAAUGUUGUUUAUCAUUGUAAGAUUUGUAAAUUAUAGUAUGUGUUUGGAAACCAAAAUUUUAAUUACAGUUGUAGAGAUUUGGGAAGGAUCUUCCCAUCUCACCUAUGCUAGAAGUGCAAUACAAGCUCUUAGGCCUGAUCCCAUUGCUAAUGAGCACAGAAACUUUUUCUCUUUCUGACCUUUUUCUGAUCAGUUAGUUGGCCCUUCUUUCAGCCUGGUGGCCCACAAUCUCAGAGAUUUACUAUAUUAGUGUGAUCAGUCAACUGGAUUAUGCCUCCCUACAGUUUAGAACUCGUGAACUUGGGUGCUCAAUCAACCUUGGCCUCCUCCAGUAGUGAGAAUUAGAAGCUCUCUACCACAGCUUAUAAGACAUCACUUUUGGCCUUGAAAACUAAAGAACUUUUGUUCUCUUAAACUAUUCUAUAGUUCUUUUAUUUUUAUUGAUUACUUUUUCUUAAAAGUAGAAACAGAUAUAAUAUGUCCAGUUUAAAGUGUAUUGAUUUAUUUUCAGGGUUCAUUCAACUAAAUUAUGCAUUAAUGACAAAACCCAGUCAUAUGAGCUGUUGUAACAGGAUUGUCUAGUUCACACAAUCAUCAUUUCCCUACCCCCAUUGUGAGUCAAAGGUCAGGCUAUCAAGUGACUUGUGACUCCCCCAAGAUUGUGUGAAUUCAGCUCUUCCAGGACUAACACAGUUCACUCAGUCAUCCAUAUCAGUGCACUUGUUUGAUUUUGUCAUAUAACUAUAUUUCAUUCACCAAUUAUGUCAUUUAAUAUAUUUUUCCUCUUUUAUUUAUUUCAUCUAUUGUGUCAGGAUUCUGUUAUAUGAAGUAAAUAAGAAGUGAGAAGUUCUUAGGUCUUCUGAUGCUUGGUGCUAAGAUAGGAGGACUUUUUGGAUUUCAGAAGUAAAAAGAAACCAAAGAAGUAUUAAGUCCAAGCAUUUGAUUUU